GUGAUAGUAGUGGUGAUGAUGUGAGUAAUGGUGCAAGUGAUGGUGAUGAAACGUCCUAUUUUGUCGCUUUUAUUUUAAAACUUCGCGGAGAAGUGAAUAGUUCUUUGUUGUAAGUUUUUGGGUGCCGGGAAAAACUCGAAAGAUCCCGCAAAAUGAUGUUAAAAUAAAAUUAAAUCUACGCGCGGAAUUAUCAAAGCAAUUAAAACAAAAGCGGUGUGUUAUGCUUACACACUCGAAAAAAUCUCUUCCUCCCCUAGUCGGCUGUACAUUCGUUCUGGUCUGUGUCACGCUGAGCAGCCAAUUGCGUUACACAGAUCCGCCUGUACAGUCGUUCUGGUCUUUGUCACGCUGAGCAGCCCAUUGCGUGACACAGAUCCGCCUGUACAGUCGUUCUGGUCUGUGUCACGCUGCUAUGACCAGCGCAUUGCGUGACACAGAUCCGAACGACUGCGUAGGAGAGAUGCCUUCCUGCCCAUUUGUGGACCCUAAGAAAUAACUAAGCAACCACAGACAAUUAAAAUUGCUGACAUUUGCAUGUAAAGGGCAGUGUUGUAAGAGGGGGGUUAAGAGUUUUAAAAGAAUUAGAAAAUUGCAGUUCGUCGUGAUGUAAGCUUAUUUUCAUGAUUGUCCAGUAGUGAUGAUUGACAAAAAGUUUGCCAGGUUGUCAAAAUUACUUAUGCGUUACAUUUCUUGUUUGUCUGUGGAUUUGUGAUGCAUUUCGUAAGUACGUAGGCGGACUAUGGUUAAACUUGCGGGAUUAAUUUUACGCUGCUACCCCGCCCUUUUUCUUAUCGCUUUAACACUGACAAUAUACUAAAGCUGAUCUGGCAAAUUAAAUCCGUCACAUCGAAAGAGAAGACACGACGAAUGCCGAUGAAAGCGCGCGGAAGUAUUUAUGAUUAAGUGCUGUGCGGAGGCUAUGUAGGAAUUUACACGUCUCCCUCUGUCAGCAAGCCUCUUUGAAAAGACCCAGUACUUUUUAACGCCACCGAGUCAAGUCAUGCGACUCAACCGAAAGCAGAAGCUCUUGUGCAUCCUUGUAAUAGUUUUUCUUUUAGCUGUGACUGCUAUUGUAUUGGUUGUGGUUUUGACGGGGCGAACUGGUUCAACGAAAAGCCCUGCUCCAAGUCCCACUAGUCUCAAUCGAUUCACUGAACGUGAUUGGUUCAGCGGCAAGUUUUCACCAAGAUAUUCAGCGGCGCGGUGGUUAUCGGAUACGGAGUACCUAGAACGGGAUGGACGCAAUGCCUUAAUACGAUCAUUGGAAACCAAUAGAAGUACUCUUCUCAUUCCGUACCCUGUGCUGAGAAAUCUAUCGGCAAGCGUGUGGUCUUUUUCAGCAGACAGACAAUGGGCAUUACUUACUACUAACUACCAAAAGAAUUACAGACACUCGUUUAGUGCUGACUUCUAUGGAUACAACGUGCAUACGGGCCAAGUGGUACGAUUCGUUGGCCCAGACGAGAAUAAGCGGGUUCAGCUGGUGGUUUGGGGCAACACAGGAAGCGUCGUGGCUUUUGUUCAAAGCAAUAACAUCUUUUACCAAGGAUGCGCAAACUGCACGAGGCAUACAUUAACUACGAAUGGCGAAACAAACAAGAUUUACAAUGGAGUCCCUGACUGGGUCUACGAAGAGGACGUCUACGGCACAAAUUUUGCCAUGUGGUUCUCACCUGAUGACAGUUACCUUGGAUACGGCGAGUUCAAUGACACCCUAGUCACGUGGUUUAGCUAUAUCUACUACGGACCCAAUAAAGAUGCGUACACGGAGGUAAAAAAGCUCGCCUAUCCCAAACCUGGGUACAACAACCCCCAGGUGAAGGCCAUGCUGGUCAACCUAACAGCGCUGCCCAACGUUACAAUCAACGAGAUUUCCCCGCCUAGUGAAUUAGAAACCGUAGACCGUUAUUUCACGAACAUGGGAUGGGUAGAUAACAGCAGAGUGUUGGUAUCCUGGGCAAACAGAAUACAAAACAUCUCGAUUAGAAUGAUUUGUGAUGUCACUACAAUGGGUUGCCAGGAGAAUCGACGACAAGCUGUUACAAAUGGAUGGGUCUCGUCCAGUACUUAUCUGGGCAAGCACUGGAUCAGCAAGGACGCUUCGUAUUACCUUACGCUGUUCCCAUUCGCCCAAGGCGUCCACGGCAAGUUCACACAUCUCGCAAAGGUCACUCUGCCGUCAGACAAGCCUGGUGUUAUAACCAACCUCACUCAUGGUACCUGGGACGUCAUGGAAAUUACUGGGUUCGACCCUGACAACGAAAUCGUAUAUUUUUCGAGUUCUGAGACUUCUCCCAGAGACUCGCAUAUCUACAGCAUUAGCUUGAAGACGGCUAAGAAGACAUGCCUGUCUUGCAGCUUGGCGUGGUCUCAAAGUGGGCGAUGCAAGUAUUUCGUGGCCUUAUUUAGUGAGAAGGCGAGUUGGUAUAAUCUCAUUUGCUACGGCCCAGGCGCACCUAUCAGCUCACGACAUAGCACCAAAGGCUUCCCAUCAUCAGUCCUUGAAGAUAACCAAAAAUUACUUGAACAUUUAACAGAGCUAGCACUUCCCAAAAGGCGAGAUUUCAAGUUUAACUCCGGUGGCUACGAAAUUGAGGCCCAGGAAAUUUUACCACCAAACUUUGAUGAAAACAAAAAAUACGCGGUCCUGUUUGAUGUAUAUGGCGGCCCAGCUUCUCAAAAGGUGGUGAACACGUUUUCGCUCAGUUUUAAUGAGUAUCUCGUCAGUAACUUCGAUAUCAUCAUAGUCAAGCUAGACGCGCGUGGAACACGGAACAGAGGCGAGAGGUUUAAGCAUGCAGUCUACAAAAAGCUGGGCGAGUAUGAAGCCGAGGACACUAUAAAUGCUGGCAAGUACAUGCAAGCUAAACCGUACGUCGACAAAAACAAGCUCGCUAUAUGGGGAUGGUCAUAUGGUGGAUACUUAACAACAUACGUACUGUCGAAAAACACCAGCGUAUUCAAAGUCGGAAUGGCUGUGGCGCCCGUGACGGACUGGCACUACUAUGAUACUGCGUACACGGAACGCUACAUGGGGCUAUUACCUCAGGACAAAGAAGGCUACGAGUACACAUCACUGCUAUCACGCGCCAAGCAGUUCGCCAAUGUCUCCUACCUCAUCGUACACGGCUCGGCAGAUGAUAAUGUCCAUUACCAACACACUGCGCAAAUGGUGAAAGCUCUCGCCAAAGCUAACAUCAAAUUCAGAGUUCAGUACUACACUGACAAGGCUCACUCUAUCCGUGGACUCUCCGGUCAUCUAUAUGGACUCUUGACAAGAUUCCUCACCACAAAACUUGACAUAGCUAAGAAUCCUUGAAGCCUCAACUCUGCAAGACCAAACUUGACAAAGCUUAUUGUCUAACUGAUACAUUCAUUCUAGAAACCAAAGUUAGACCAAACUAGAGUAUUCUCUAUUCAUAUGUGGUGUAGCCAGUGUGCUACCUACAUGCACUAUGCACUCAUGGUCUGUCGUAUGCAUGCAACCAGGGUAAUACUCUUCCUCAAGGGGAACCACCCCUUGCCCAUCCCAGUGGCGUAGCCAGGAUUUUUAACAGGAGGGGGCCCAAAAGGGACUUUCAAGGCAUUUUCUCCUGUAUUUUAUAAAAUGUUUCACCCAUUUACUGUAUUUUUGGCUGCUAAAGGGGGAGCCUGGGCCCCCUAGGCCACCCCCUUGGCUACGCCCCUGCAUCCUGUGCUCUUGGCAUACUUGCCAACGCUCACACCUAUAUCUAACCAUGUUUGAAUAAGUUUGCUGUAAAUCUGGCAGAAAUAAAUAAUCUUACUUAGAA